AUGUCUCGAAAUACAUAUCAGAUGCCGCAAUCCCUCACCACAGACACCGCGGCACCACUCCGCAAGCCCACUAACGACUCAGGAAACCCGGGUGCUGCAGAUGGACCACCGGCGGAUCUGCUGGAUCUCACCAACUUAUCGCCAGCUAGCCGAGGGAAUCCCCACCCACGAUGCUUCUCUGUCCCGUCGCCCCUGAAUGGCAAACCCGUUUCCAGGUCCCAUGCCGAGCUCACCCCGUCGUCAGACCCAGGCACCGGAAUGCAAGCAACUGCUCACUUUCUGUUCACCGCAGAAAGCGAGACGCGAAGAGGGGGGGCUUCGGGCCCGAUUGUCUGA